AUGUCGACUUCCGAGCCAACCCACACACCACAACUCCGUCCUUUCUCAGUCCACGUCCAUCCCAUUCCUCCGACCGAACUAAAGACAUGUGCAUACGAGCGCCGCCAUUCCAACUCUGCCAAGUGCAAGAACGCCUUGGUCUUCAUUGGUGGGCUGGGCACUGGUCCGCAUACAACCCCCUACCUAGGACCUUUGAAUGACGCCUUGGAACACGCGAGUUUGAAAGAUGGAAACGGCGUGCACUAUAGUAUCUGGGAGCUAAGAAUGCGGAGUAGUUAUACAGGUUUCGGAUAUGGAAGCUUGAAGGAGGAUGCGGAAGACUUGAAGGAGUUGGUGGAGUAUCUGAAAGAGAUUGGGAGGGAAAAGGUUGUGUUGAUUGGAAGUUCAACUGUGCCUCCCCCGGUUGACGGCUACAUCAUGCAAGCCCCAACUUCAGAUCGCGAAACAGCUGGAUUGCUCAUGCCACAAGAUCUCCUCUCCGCUAGCCUCAAGCACGCCGAAGCCCUCAUUGCGAAAGGGGAAGAAAAGACUAUCAUGCCUAGCUCCUUCAUCCCACCAAUCAUUACGUCUCCGGUAACGGCAUACCGUUGGCACUCUCUAGUCUCUGUGGGAGGCGACGACGACUUCUUCUCUUCCGAUCUACCAGUCUCGACUCUCCAUUCCACGUUUGGUAAACUGGACAAGCCGACUUUGAUUCUGAUGUCGGAGAAGGACGAGAUGGUCCCCCCGACCGUGGACAAGAUGGCCUUGCUGAAGAGAUGGAUUGGUACAAUUCCAGAUGAUUUGGCGAGUCAGCAGUGUCAGGUCGUUCCAUUCGAUGCUGACCAUGAGCUCUCUGGUGGUGAAGCAAUGCGGUACUUCAUCGAGACGGUUGUCAAGUUUCUCGAGGGAAUUGAUGAGAAACCAGCUGAAAGGACAUGA